AUGCCACUUCACAUGGAGCCAGGACAGAUUUACAAUUCGUGGACAGAGUUCAAAGAUGCUCUCGACAGUCACUGUAGAGAAAACAAAGUUAUCUUCAACAUCAGCAAUGCCAAGACGGUGGAACAAGCCAAUAACCUCCUGAAGAAGAAACCUUACUUCGACAUUCGACUCAAGUAUGCUUCCUGUAUGCUUGUAUGCAAGCACUUUGGCUCAUACAAAAGUCUCAGCACUGGAAUGAGACCAAAACAGAGGAGCUACAAAAUUAACUGCAAGGCAUUUAUCAGUGUGAGCGCAUGCAGGAAAGAAAACUAUCUCAUUAUCAGGGAUUCCUACCAUAUUCACAGCCACAAUUGCUCAGAUGAAAUCUAUAACUCAUAUCCGGAAAUUCGUCGAAUGACAAAGGAAGAGAGGAAGAUGAUUGGCACUUUGAUGGAACUUGGUGUGCCCACCUCUCAGAUCAAGUCUGCUGUAGGGAGAAAUGUGACCCCAAAAGAUUUACAGAAUGCAAAGACACACAUCAAGGCAGUUAAAAUGGGGUUGAAAAGUGACGAGCCAAAGGGGGGGCCUAGGCGAAGGAAAACUUACAAGGAAAUGCAAAUGGUGCGAGCAGAAGCUCGCAGAGCAGCAGGAUUAAGUGUGUCUGAUUCAGAUGAGGAGGGGGAGGAGGAAGAUAAUGUUGAGAGGUCAACAUUUCAUAAUUCUGAUGAAGGUGAUGGCAUGAAAAUUGAAGAAAAUGAAGAAGCGAAAGCGUCAGAGCAUGUUAACACCACAAGUUUUACAGUAACUAUCGGAGAUAUGGAGCAUCACUUAGAAGUGGGGCCAGAUUCGCUGGCAUGCGAUGUAAAAGAUGCAGGCAGUAUUGGAAACAUGGAUGGGCUAUCUGGCCUUCUGGCAGCUGCAGGGAUCAGCUCAGACACCGUUGUUCUCACAGUUAAUAAUCCUGGCAAGGAUCUGGAUGAAGCAACCAAUAACGCAUAUACUGUAACGGUGUCGCUACCAGAGGAUGAAGUAACCCACACCGUUAAUAAUCUUCAAGAGCUGUUGAAAGGCUUGCCCCCAGGAAAAAUAGUCACAAAGUCUCCUACACCUUCGUCGCCCGUCAGAAUUAAAACCGAAGAAAAUGACACUUUUCCAGAAACGAAACAAUGUGAGAAGUGUGGAGGGUAUAUUUCCCCUCUUGAUGGGCACAGUUCUUGUUUGUCCUGCCUAGGCCCUGAACAUAUUCAUGAACACAACUGCGAUCAUUGCAAGGCCAUGACUCCUGAACAGUUCAACAUCAGACGGAAAAAAAUGGUGGCUAUGAGAAUGAAAGCUUUGAAAGACAUGAAACGUAAGCGUAAUAAGCAGGAUGAGGAACAGUCUGAUGAAUGUGGUGAUUCCGAUUCUGACCUGACAUUAGGUAUACGAAAGAGUAAACGGGUCAGAAAGCCCAAAAAUUAUGGCCCAGAUAUUGAGGUGGAGAAUUCAUUUGUUCUAGGAGGUAGGAGUUCUACCAAAACCUCCCGAGGUGGAAGCAGUUUUCCCAGUUUUAAAACACCACCAGAUGAAGAUGAGGAAAGGUUUUCAGCGAUAAUACCAAAGACAGAAAUCAUGGAUGGUGACGAUUCAUAUUUGUCACAUGUUUACACAUGUGACGACAAAGUUGACAGUAAAAUCACUGGAUGGAACACAAAACGAUUUGAUCACAUCCUGUCACAGGCAACUGUUUUUGAUGACGUCAUAUUGACAGAAAGCGGUAACAAAUCAUUGUGUUAUCUACCAGAGAUGCAGACAUUUUCAGAAUUUCAGGUGCUUGCAGACAAACCAGACUUGCCUGCCACUCCUCCUACUUUACUUCGAAGAUAUAUGCUACAUCCAAAAUUUGAAUCAUCGUUCUGUGCAGACUCUGAACAUCUCACCAGUGUAACAGAUCCAUCAGUAGACAUUAUGAGUACUGGACUUUGUAAAUUAGUCAAGAAUGCUGUGGUUCAGACAAGAGUUGCAGUAUAUGACAAACUGUUUACACGUCUGGGGGUAGGCAUGGCCGAUGAGGCUUUGUCCAUACUGGGUGAACUUUACGGUAAAGUUAGUCAGGUUACAGAAAUAUCCCAGGAUGUUAUAACUAACAGUCUGCAGACUGCGUUAGAUACAGUUCAGGCCCUGAAAGAUGUGCUUGAGGAGCUAGGAGUCAUGUCCAAAGAUGCAUUGACUACAGCUGCCCACCAGCGUACUUUAUCUGUGAACUCCCUGGAAGCUGCACGGAAGGUGUUACAGUCACAGCGAGUUCCUUGUGGAGAAACAUCUGCCAGGAGAGGAAAAUUUUUACCAUUUUCCCGUGCUCAGAUUAUUCAGCGUCCUCUGCCUAACGAACAUGCUCAAAAUACCCCAAUAUCUACUUCUGUUCCAGCGUCAAGCAUGUCUGCACCAACCUAUAAUCAAAAACAUCUGACUUCACUAACCUCGUCGGCCCACCAGGAAACCCACAUUUCAGACUUCCCCAUCAUGGCUAUAGCAACAGCUCAGGAAGGUUUAGAUGUGAGUCCAGAUGCAGCAGCUGCUACAUAUAUCGACAUGUCCGGCAAAGAAUUCACCAUGGCUCCAGUGACAGUCCAUAGCGAACUUCUACAGAGUCUCACCAACAACAAAGAUGGAAUAAUUGAACUGCAUGUGUUGAAGGAGGAGACGGAACUGAUGGAGGCAGAGGAUGCUGCGAUUGAGGAAGUCAUCCAUGCACAGUGA